CCCCCUCUUAUAACGGCUAUAUUUCCAACCCUUCUUGAAGACAUAAACCCUCGCUAAACCUGUAUUCUCCUCCUUCCUUCAUCAGAACAGCUUCAAUCUCCUCCAAUUCCUUCACCAGAUGAACCCCACCAUGGAUUCGACUCCUCCCUCUCGUCGAUCGGAAGCCCGACUAAGAAGCAAAUCUGCAUCCCGCCUUGCCCAAUCCUCGGAUGAUUUUGGCGAAAAUCUUCCUUGCAGUGUCACCCCAUCUCCCCUUCACCUGCCUCUGCAAACUUCCAACCAUCCCCUUCCCCUUCAAGAACUCUUCAUACACUCUCCUUCCCCUGUCAGAAGAUCCAAAUCCCGACAUGUCGAAAGAAUCGAUGCGAUAGAGGAGCCAGUCGAUCACGUGGGCUCUCGACGGAAAUGCAAGAGCAAGACUCUUUCUAUGGGCCUGAUGGGCUGUGGUUCUCCAAAGAAUGGACGGCGGGCCCGGAGACGAGUGGAGCAAGAGAGUAGAGAGGAGAGGGAUUUGGGUUUCGGAGAUGAGAAUGGGAAGGUGAGAAAGAGGAGGAGUCGGACGGUGGCUGCCACUCGGAGGGAGAAACUAGUUCCAGCUCCUUCAAUUCUUCCUUCUCCGUGUUUGUCGCCAAAAAUCGAUGAUCAUCAUCAUCAUCAUAGCCUAGAUGGAAUCAGGCAGCUGAUAUCAGAGCUGAUUAUGUGGAAGGAUGUCGCGAAAUCUAGCCUGUGGUUUGGAUUUGGGUCUCUGUGCUUCCUCUCUUCUUGUUUUGCAAGAGGAAUGACCUUCAGCAUCAUCUCUGCUACUUCUCAAUUGGGUCUUUUAUUUCUUGCUGUUGCAUUCUUUUAUAACUCGUUUUCACAGAGGCAUGAGGAUGACCGGAGACGAGAAUUCAAGCUGAAAGAAGAGGAUAUUGUCCGUGCCACUCGAGUAAUGCUGCCAGCAGCAAAUGCUGCAAUUGCAAUGACAAGAGAGCUUUUCUCAGGCGAGCCUUCCAUGACUCUGAAGAUGGCACCAGUCCUUGUUCUUGCAUCUGAAUAUGGCCAUCUGAUGACACUGUGGAGGCUCUCCGCUAUUGGAUUUUUCGUCAGCUUCACUAUUCCCAAACUCUACUCUCGCUACUCUUUGCAGAUACAUAGGCAAGUUGACUACCUGAGAAGUCGUGUGGGGGAUGCGUGGGCAGCCUGCGCUCAUAAGAGAAUUGUAGCAGCAUCAGCAGCAACAGUAUUCUGGAAUCUCUCGACUAUAAAGACACGUAUUUUUGCAGCAUUUAUCUCGGUGGUUGUAAUCCGGUGUUACCAGCAACACCAACCGGACGAAGCAGAGGUUGAAGCAGAACAGCAGUUGGCAAUGGUAGUAUUGGAGGGAAGACACAAAGAGGCCCAGCAGCUGGAAAUGGUGGUAGCAGAGGGACCGUCGGAUGGAUCAUCACCACGCAAGGAGCAGUAAUAGAUACUGACUCCCCACAUCAAAGACACCAGUGCAUUUGUUCACUGUACUAUAAUAUAAAGACUGUAAUGUAAUUAGUGAGGAAGACACGUAAUAAAACUAUAAUCAAUUUCGGGUAACAGCAAAACAUGAAGGUACAUCUGCAAGCGAUAAGCUGAUAAGAAAAGCUACUGGGAAAUUGUCUCCAUGACCAUUCCACACUUAAAACAAGACUCAUGAAGAUGAUGGAUACUAUUGUAUUAUGUUGUUGUUUCAAAAUGGCUCCUUUCGGUGGGGGUUUUUUCAUAUUUUUCUCAAAUGGUGGGAGGUUGCUUUUCUGAAAA